GUCUGCGCUUCUGCCCCGGACGAACCCCAGUUCCCAAUCCCCUCCCCUUGAUCUCAGCAAUGGCGAAACCCGAGGCCGGCGGCGCGUGGGCCUGGCGGCUCCUCGCGGAGGACUUCUCCGCGCCCUACAGGGAGGACCGCUUCUGCGUGCCCUGCGCCGCCGCCUUCUGCGACCACUGCUGCGGCGCGCACCACCGCGGCCAGGGGAGGCAUGAGGUCGUCGUCCUCGGAGCCGCCUCCGCCUCCGCCUCCUCCUCCGAAGGGGCUCAGGCCCAGGCCCAGCCCGGCGCGGCCCAUUGCCCCGCCCGCAGCGGGGUCAGGGACUCGUUCUGCGUGAGCUGCGGCGCCGGCUUCUCCGCCGCGCUGUGCGGGGCACCACGUCGGGCCCGACACCUUCCGCGUCGUCGUCUGCGAGGGCUACUACUGCGCGCGCUGCACGGGCUCGGAGCCGUGGUUCCACCUGUUCACCGGCAUCCAGACAUUCCGUGACAAGAAGGGUCACAUCCUGGUUCCGCUGCAUUCUCACUGCAGCGGGCGCAGGUGCAAGAGCUGCGGCGGGUGCUGCCGGUAGAUGAGGCCCAGGCACUGGCCAGCGAGCAUGAAAAUCAGCCAAGUUCUGGCCGGCCAUCAGACCAUGGUAGCCACAGUAUUUGUCAUUUUAACGAGCUCUGAGCCUGGCGAUAGGCUUCUGGAUUCUGAUCAUUUGUGAACAAGACAAUGGUCGUGCUGCUGUCGUUUGAUUUGUUUUUCUUCUGUAACUCGGUGUUUGUACCGCAUGGUAUGCUGCUGCGCUAUCGGGUUCUGAAUUUUACUGCUGCCUGCUUGAACUUGGAAUUUCCCUAGUAUAACAGUCUUGCUACAAGGAAUCCUUCGAGUACUUCUGGGGAAGGUCCGAUGAUAGGAUAUGCAUAUUCUGCAACAUUAGAA